AUGGCCCUCGAAUCUAAUGGCGAGAUGGAGCCGAAGUCCAAAUACGCAGAAGAAACGGGUCCAUACUCCUCAGCAGCGAGCGAAGAUAUGGGCACAGUGACUGAGAAGUGGCAAGAUACACUCGCAGAAAUCAAAUAUGCUUUUACAACGAAGGAUGGGUGGAUUGGCGACUAUGAUUAUAUUUACCUUAUCACCCCAAACAUUUGGCCACUCAACAGAAAGUACAAAGACUACCAGGCACCAUUUUACGGAAUGAAUGACCGCGUUCCUGUUCUCUUGACCCUGCUUCUCGGCCUUCAACAUGCCCUCACCAUGAUCGGAUCCAUCGUCUCUCCGCCACUCGCCAUCGCUUCGGGAGCGUUCAACUUCGAUCCGGCGAUGACAACAUACCUGGUGUCUACCGCCUUUAUAACCACUGGCAUCGCGACGGCGCUUCAAGUCACCCGCCUACACAUCAUGAAGACACCAUUCUUUAUCGGCACAGGACUCCUUAGUGUUGUAGGACCAACUUUCGAUAUCUUACCUAUUGUCUUCAACUACGCCGCUCUACGAUACAAAUCCGGAACUUGUCCUGUUCUCGACGACGGAACUCAGGGGCCUUGCCCCGAUGCCUGGGGUGCAUGUCUGGGUACUAUGCUAUGUUGCGUCUGGAUCCAGAUAGCUCUGGCAUUUGUGCCGCCCAAGAUGCUCAACAAAGUCUUUCCUAAGCUCAUUACUGGCUCCCUCCUCACUCUCAUUGGAGUCUAUCUUGUCGGUAACGGAUUACAGAACUGGGGUGGCUCGUCAAACUGCCAUGGCGGAGAGGGCUUCUAUGCUCUAUGUCCAGAUAUCACCGCACCACGGCCGCUCGUCUGGGGACAUCCAAAGUUGAUCGGCCUGGGUUUUAGCGUAUUCGCUACUAUCAUUCUAGUUGAAGCCAUCGGUGCGCCACUCAUGCGUUCAGCUUCCGUAAUCAUUGGAUUAGCUGUAGGCUGUGCUAUAUCAGGCGUAACGGGGUACUGGUCAACAGAACAACUCACCCAAGCGCCUGGUGGCACUUUCCUCUGGGUACACACGUUCAAACUCUCCGUCGAUGGCGCGCUGGUGCUGCCUAUGAUCAUCAUGUUCGCGUGUCAGGCUGUGUCUUGCAUUCCCGAUAUCUUGGCCACUGCAGAGCUAUCUGGUGUUGACAUCGAAGGCACGGAAUUCAACAGCAGGAUACAAGGCGGUAUUCUGUGCGAUGGUCUAGGCAGCUUCUUCAGUGCGCUGGGUACGGGGCCGCCAAUGGUCAGCCAGGCUGGUAAUAACGGCGUCAUUGUCCUGACUGGAUGUGCAUCUCGUCGUGCAGGAUGGGCAGCAAGUGGAUUCCUGAUACUCAUGGGAGUCGUCGCGAAGUUCGGUGCUGUCUUCGCUUCUAUGCCGCCGUCUGUGCUAGGCGGUAUGCAAGUCUUCCUCUACAGCACCAUCGCUGUAGCUGGCAUUCGUGUCCUCGCGCUCAUCCCUUGGACCCGCCGCGAUCGCUUCAUACUUGCCGUUGCAUUAGGAAUCGGUUUUAUGGAUAUCUGUCAGCCUGAUUGGUUUGCGCAAGUCCUGGCAUACGAUGGGCCGAAUGAGAAUCUGGUUGGGUUCGAACAGGGUAUAAACCUGGCUGUCGAGACACCCUUUGUCAUUGCUGCAAUCGUGGGCAUAUUUUUGAACGCCGUGCUGCCGAAGGAUAAGAGCGCCUCGCGAACGGUGGGGUAUGGGGAUGAACAGAAACAUCCAAGAAUAGGAGUGCGUGAUGAUUAG